UUUACCUGCGCGUUGGCCUCUAUGCGCAUAUGCGCAGAAGCAUCAAUCUGACGAUGUCUUCCGAACAGAAGAGAAACAUAGUUGUGUUUUUAUGUAUAAUAACUGUAGCCUUUUCUAAAUUGAUGUUCUGUGGUGCGUUGAGUGUAGAAAAGUUUGUUCUCAAUGGUUUUAAUGCGGAUCAUGAAAAGGCGUCAAAUGCUGACAGAGAGCGGAGGAUCAACACAAAACAAGACGCCAAGCACAAAUCUGAGUACCUUGGCGGACUGGCCAUUCUUCGGCGCAAUCUUCGACCUACUGUUAAUAAUUCCAGCAUUCAAGAACCGAGUGCAGAGUCCAUUGGCGUUCCUGAGAACUCCAUAAAUAAUUCGAUUCAACUCAACAUUGAUCUAAAGUCAACUGAUUUGCGGGCGCCUUUGAUUGUGCGUAAUGGUUUCAAUGUCCAGAAAAGAUCUCUGGAUUACAAUGCUGGACAUCAGGCAGUCUUCAAAGGCCACGGUUUUCAAGGGAAGGUCUAUGGUCCAUCAGCUGACCACAACCCCCACUCCAGUGAAUGGCUGUUGAUGAGGCCUCUGGUCCAGUGUAAUGACAACCUCAUGAUGGUCACUGCAUCUGGGCGAGGAUACACACAUCUACUGGUGGAUAGAGCGGGCGCCUCUCCCAUCUCCCUGUUCCAUCUGCCACCGUCCUGUGGCUACCAUGUGAAGACUACCUGGAGAGAGAUGGUGAUGAUGGCACCAUAUGAUGGCUGCUACAUCAUGCAGGAGCAUGGUAGUUAUGUCCUGCCCAUGCUGUGGUGGGGCAGCCCUGUGAAGAUCAUCUGCCCAGUCCCCCACCCUGUCCCCCCAAAUGCUGUCCCCUCAGUACUCUGCUCCCACUUUGGCAUGGCCAUCCAGAUACAUGGAGGGGAGGAGGUCAUACACACCCUACAGGUCAUAGAGAAAGGCAAGUGGGUGCCGUUUGUGUCUGAAGAGUGUGCCUACCAAGUGGAGUCUCACUCAGAAGACCUCAUAUUUUAUGUUCCCUUUAUAGCCCCAUGUGUGACCAUCGGAAAUGGAGUUCAUCGACUGGUCCUAUUGGACGGCCAGGACGUCAUCCUCUCCUGCCCCUCACACCACCCUCCUCCAUUUCCCUUUUAUCCCUCUCCUCCAUUUUCUCAACCCUUCUCUCCUGGUGACCCGCAGCAGCAGAUACCUGACCCUGUGACUUUUGCUCCCUCCACCAGCCCUCCCCUUACCUCUCUUCCCAUCACCCCUUAUACUCAACCCCCAGCCCAGGAACAGAUGCCCCAACUUCCUGCGUUCCCCUACCACCUCCCUCAUGGCAUGUAUCCCCAAAUUCACCAUUUCCCUUACGGUGGAGCUGGUUAUCACCCUCUCCUCCACCCUGGUCGUGAACCAUACCCUGGCUCCCAUCAUCUUCUCCCAGGGAGAUACCCAGGCCAGCAGCCCUUCUUCCCCAUGGGGCCUGGGAAUCACCCCUACGGCUCUAGAGACCACCAUGACUCCUUUUACCUCUCCCCGCCCCCUACCCACGAUCCCAUGCUCUACUAUUAUAAUGAAAUCGCCCCUGGUGUCCACCGUCCUUCUGUUGUCUAUCCUACUCCUCUUAUAGCUAUCCGACCACCGCAUCCCGCCGCUUAUACCAAACCUCCUUUCACCGGUUAUACCAAACCUCCUCCUCCUCCCGCCGGUUAUACCAAACCUCCUCCUCCAGCCGGUUAUACCAAACCUCCUCCUCCCGCCGGUUAUACCAAACCUCCUCCUCCCGCCGGUUAUACCAAACCUUCAACUAAAUAUUAUACCAAACAACCUCCACCUCUCUAUACUGAACCUGUUCUUCCUAUAAUACCUAUUGCCUUUGAACGUCGUUCUUACCCCAUUGUUACCGGAUCUCCUCCUCCCCCUUCUGGAUCCAAACCUUCAUCACCUGUUUUCCAACCUCCAAAACCACCUGCAGAUCCAAAUGACCCAUAUGGGGUCCACAUGACCAAUCAGGCCCUGAUUACUGAAGAGCCCAUGUCUGCUACUGGGAGCCCCAAUCCUGGUCCCUAUACCCAACCUCCUAAAUGGCCUGUGGGUCCAUACUAUUACCCCUAUGGUCCUUACUACCCCCCUUCCGGUCCUCACCAUUAUCCCUUCAUACCCAUCUACUACCCUUCACCUACCCCAGGGCCUAGCCCAGUCAAAGCUAGUCCUCCCCAGACUCUCCCUUCAGGUCCUCAGGACCCUACAAUGCCCACUGUCUACCCACCCCACCACUACCCUCAGCCAAUCACCUGCUCUCCCACUGCCCAUACCAUCUGUAGCUAUUACCCAUAUCCUGUGGAUGUGCCACACCACCUAUAUCCUCUCUACCUGACGCCCAGCCCCCCUCUGACCACCCCAGCCCUUCCCUCCACAGGCGCAGCUCUGCCUGGUGCUACUCAACCACCCCAGACCUCACCAACCACCCCCUCACCCUCCUCCAGGACCAUAUCGUCCACUACUACUCUCACUCCUUGGAUGUCCAUCCUCACCCCUACUCUCCCCCCUCAGCCCUCCCUCUCUCCUGAGCUCUCCCCUCGGCCCUCCCUCCACUGUCUAGCUGGGCAGAUGAUGGUGUCGCUGCCCUCUGCUCUCCUGGACUCCAUCCAGGUCAAAGAUCAGAUGAAUGGCUGGGUGUCCAUCUCCAGUGCCCCGGCGGCUUGUAGAUACAUGCUACAGAUGAGUAAGGGUGGUGGAGUGAUCCUCCAUUCCCCUCUCCCUGCCUGCCACAGCCAGGCUAUGGCCCUCAACCCACACCAGCUCUCCCUCCCCCUGAAGUUUUGGGACACAGUCCUGGGGCAAUACAGAUCUCUGGAGCUCCAUUGCCCGUCAACUGUGACCCCAUCACCCCGCACCACUACCACCACCCUCCCAACGACGACCCACACCAGGCCUCCCACUCCCCCCAAGCCACACGUCUUCUGCUCUGCUCGCCACAUGAGGGUGGAGCUUCCCCCAGGUCCCAUAUCUGGAGUCGUUGUCAAGGACAUCGAAGGGAUUGAGAUGAGCCUGAUGGAUGCCCCAGAGCAUUGUGGGUAUGUGGCAAGCAAGGGAAAGGAUGGCAUAAUCACCCUGAACCUCCCCUUCAACUCUUGUCACAUGACUGUCCAGGGUAAGGAGCACCUAAUAGAUGUGAUUUACUCCACGUUGAAUGGACAAAAAGGGAAGGCCCAGUUGUCCUGUCCAGUUUCCAUACCAGUUUCUCAUCAAGAGUGUAACCUUCCCAGUGACCAGCGCCUUCCCUGCGGCCGCCGCCCUCUAUCCCAGGCAGUGUGUCUCUCUCUGGGCUGCUGCUACAGCACCAAGCCCUCUGCCUGCUACUACUCGAUGGAUGAAUGCACAUUGGACCGCCACUUUGUCUUUUUGGUGCCCGCCUCCCUCACGGACCCCCCUCUGAACCCUGCUUUGCUCACUGCCGCUGGAAACCCCACCUGCGCCCCUCAGACCCCUCAGAGGGUGACUCCAGACUACGCCCUGUUCAAGAUCCCACUGGGUGGCUGCGGGGCCCACAGAUACGAGGUUGGCCAAACUGUAGUCUACAUGGUGGAGAUCAUCAACACGGUCCAGUCAAUCACCCUCAACUAUGGGACCAUUACCAGAGACUCUCCUAUCAGGCUGCUGGUUGAGUGCCAGUACACCCCUGGCUCUGUGGCGAGUGUUGGCUUCCUGGUCAAGACCCCCUCCUUUGGCCCCUCCAUUCAGGCCCAGGGUGUGUUGGGGGUCCAGCUCAGGAUUGCCACAGACGAGCAGUACAGUAGCUUCUACCCCCAGUAUCACCGGCCCCUGCAGAUGCUCUUGGGUAAACCCUUACACCUUGAGGUGCGUCUGCUCAACCCCCCAGAUGACAAAGUGGUCCUGCUGGUACACUACUGCGUGGCCUACCCCAGAUCAGGACAGACUGUCUGGGUACUCCUCUAUAAUGGAUGUCCUAACCAUCUGGACCCGGCCUCUCAGAAGCCUCAGCCAUCUCCUCCACCCCCACCCUUCCACCAAGGCCAGACACGAAGGUUCACCAUCUCCACCUUCCAGUUCCUCACCUCUGGACAGACCCAGACAUUGGUGGACCAUGAAGAGAUCUACUUCAUGUGUUCUACUGAAGUGUGUUCGCCGCUGGACGGCAGCCUGUGUGUAGAGGGAUGCUUUGGCCAGUGACUAUAAAAGAUUGACAGAAAGCAAUAGUCAUGGAAGAUUAACUGGCCCAAGGCUGCUCGUUCACCACUAAUAAAACCCCUUAAAA